AUGCAGUCUAAUGAGGGCAGUAAAUCAUCUAGUUACACUCGUCCACUCUUUGGGAAUGAAUCUUCAAGACACUCAUCUCAUAAUAUGAAUUCAAGGAAACAUACACAUUCUGUAGAAUCGAGCAACUUACCACCACCUCCACCUCCACCUCGGUAUCCAUUAAAACAUGACGGAUUCUCCCCACGAACCGGAUAUAUGGUAACCGGUACUCCUGCCGAGCAAACGCCAAAAUCUCCACCAAGGACUUCUUCUCUAAGACCCAGGGGAAUUCAUUUAAAACGUGAGAUUGGCUCAGACGAUCUUUUACAACCCGUCACGUACGGAUCUGCAGAAUGUCAAAUCUUGAAAAAACCUCAGAUCAUUACAUCUUGCAGCAAUAAUGUAAACAGUGAAAAACAAUUUCCACUUGUUGAUCGUCCUGUUCGACCGUUUAAUUUAUCUAAUGAUAAUAAUAAUUUUACGACGACUGUUACUGCUGUUACAACAACAACAGCGACUUCUGUUAACAAUCAUGAAAAAUCGUCAAAAACUAUUGGAAUGAGUAAAAAUAAAGUGGAUAGUUUAUGUCAUGCUGAUCCUAGAAGUACACCACUAUUAUCACGUUUAUUAGCGCCAGGUUUUGCUACUUCAGUAGUUAGUUCAACAAAUAGUCCACCGAGUUCAAUCCAACGAAAAGGAAGUGAUCAAAGUUAUACAUCAUCAGAAAAUGAUCGAAGUUCUGGCCUUUUAAGUUCUCCAAAUCCGCAAGUUUUAUUACCUGAAACAAAAAGACAAGGAAUUGAAUUUGGUUUGACCAAUUCUAGUAAAUUUUCAAAAAAGAAUCAUGAGACUAGUUCUUGGAAUUCUCCAUCAUCUUCUACCAAUGUACAAUCAAUCAAUUGUGAAUGGCGUGAAUCAAUCAAUUGGCCUAGUAAAUCAGAAACACCGAUUGUUCAGUCUAAUAAAAAUCAAUCACCUAAUUUUCAACCAUCUCCUGAUAGCCAAUGUUGGCGUACAAUGACAUCUAUUCAGAGGAAAAAUGAUAACAUGUUACCUCGUCGAUCAUCCUCAAACACAUGUUCAUCAGCGACACAAGAUGAAAUGGAAUCCAGUAUUGAUUCACCAGGAAUUUUUAAUCGAGGUCGAUGUGAUCUUGAAUCCAAUGAUCAAAAUAAAAUAUAUGAGAAAAGUUGUGAGUUUUCAACAAAUGCCUCUAGUUCCGGUGAUGCAGAUGAUGGUGUUGGUGCGAACGAUGAUGAUGGUGAUAAUGAUCACGCUGUGCAUCAAACACCAUCGAAUGACGAAGAAAUUGAAUCAAACACUCGUAGUGAUGGGCAUGAUGAUGACGUUGGUGGUGGUGGCGGUGGUUGUGGUGAUAAUGAUGAUGAUGUUGAUGUAGACGAUAACAUGGGCAAUGAUCAUGAUAGAACCCUUCCAGGUGAGAAUGAUAAAACUGGCAACCACUUUAAUAAUAACGAUAGUAAUAAUUCAAUGAAAAUAAUGAUGAUACAUCGUUCAUCACAUUCUUAUGUAAAUGAAUCUCAAGAAUUGUUUGCAGUACAUGAAGAACAGGAAAGACGUCGACAACAGCAACAAGAUAAUGAACAUUGUCAUCAUCAUCAGUCAAAUGAAGAUAAACACUUGCCUUUUAAUUACACAAACUCUGGACAAAAAGUAACACCCCAAUUAGUUUUACCACAUUCGUCACAGGAACCAUGUGAUUUCGAGGAAGAUUGUCCUGAUUAUUCUAACCAGAUAAUUCAAGAAACAGGUAAUAUAAAUUCGCAAGAUAUAAUUCAACCACCUUUACCGCCUCCUCCACCACCACCUUAUAAAAUUCCCGAUCAUCUUCAACCAACUGAUGAAUCCUCAUUUUUCAUGAAUAAUCCUUGGAUACCAUCAAAUUAUCAUUUAUAUCCAUAUUCACAAUUACCUCAUCAUCCACCGCAUUUAUUACAUAAUCAUUUUCAUCAAGACAAAUUAUUCCCUGUUAAUAGUCAAUAUGAUGCUAAACGUUUUGUACCUAAUCCUAUUGUUUUGCCUAAAUCACCGGUAUGGCCAGUAUUUGAAAAUCCAAAUAAUCUAUUUUAUAUGAAACAAAAUAAUUAUCCACCAGAAUCAUUAUCUAUGCCUUAUCCAGGUGGUCCCAUAUCAAAACGUGCAAUAUGUCCACAAAAUAAAGAAGAAUUUUCAAGAAUUAUGAAAAAUGAUUUUAUGCCACCAUUAACAUCUGUUUCUUCACAAGCGCUUGGAUUUCCAAUCCGCUGGUGUUAUCGUGGUUUGUAUAUGUUGCCUCGUUUCCCAGUAACAUCUGCCACAAGCAAUCAUUUACCAGUAUCAUGUUGUACAGCAACUGCUUUUGUUCUGACAACGACCACAUCUCAUAUUUGCUCUUUGGCAUAUGAAUACAAUGCAUACAAUCGAAAUAAUAAUCAGCAUCAACCUUUAAUCAUGAGCAAUUAUCAAUCAGAAUUACCAUUAGGCAAUGGUCCUGUCAUUGGACAAUUUACAGAGCCUGAAUUAUUUCCUUCUUCUAUGAAAUCGGAAUCCAUUCAUCAAAAUACUAACCAGAUGGAUUUUACCAGUCUACUUAAGGAAAAUCAACAAUUAAAACAACGCCUUAUAGAUAUCAAUGUUAGACUUCAAUAUGUAGAUGAGCUUGAAUGGCACGUACAACAAUUAAGUCAUCUGGUCGAGUCGAUGAUUUUGUCUCAUCAACGUCAGUGUGAAUUAGACUAUCAGUUGCAAAUUUAUUCACCAAUAUCUGCUCCUGUCUGCGACGUUGGCGGUGGUGAUUUUCAGCGCUUCAAAAUACCCCCAAAUUCUUCCUCGUCAUCAUCAUCGCCAUUUGGAUUAAACAGCGAUCAUCAAUGUUCUACACAUCACUUCCACAAUAUGCCAGCAAAUCCUGGAAGUUUGCCUGUAAUGCCGACAAAUAUGUCAAGUUGUAGGACUCAUCCAUGUACAGCACAAAAUAUAACUAGACGAGUGACACAACCUAAUAUCAUGUCUACACGUUUCUAUGGUCCAUGUGUAAAGCAGACAAUACAAUCGGAAAAAAUUGAGCAACGUAUACCUAUGUUGAAUUCCACUAAGCGUUCUCUACAUCCUCAUUUAGUGGGAUCUAUGGAUCCACGUACCGUUUCUUUAGAUCGUGCAUCACAACCGAGAAAUUCUUGUACAACAUUUCCGAUUAUGGAAUGUAAUUGUAUACGAUGUCCAUUGCAUGAAACAUUCGCAUUACCACAUUCCAAAGAACAUGCAUACGUGAAUACAUUAGCAAAAGAUGGUGUAUUUUCUACACCUAAUGUCUCUAUGAUAAUUCCAAAUAGUCCAUACUUUUCACCUAAUUAUCGUCGACGUCGUUUUACAAUGCGAGCAACAGCGGCACAAUUUCCUCCUUCAUUUGAUAAUGAAUCUCACUUAUUACCACAUUCCAAUGUACCACCACAGUGUUGUUCCCCACCGCCCCGAUUGCCACCUCCAGUGUCUACUUCAAUUUUUACUUCUAAUAAACCGAUAUCUAAUCCUACUAUUAAGAUAACUGACGAAAAUAAAAUUGCUAAUGUAUCAUCGAAACAUGGUAAUUCAGUGUCAAGGGAUUCAAUUCAACCACCAGCCAAUAUUACAAAUACCAAGCAUAAGAACACUCGACCGACAGGUCUUAAUUUUAUGACAGAAAAAUCUGAAAUAUUAGAUGAUAGUCAAAUGUUAUUAAAACAUUUAUCACCGAAUAAUGAAUUUCAAUGUGUCAAUGGUUGUACAGUAGUAGUGACUACCACUUGUCAGUUAACUCAUUGUUAUCCAUUAUGUAUUAUUGAUCGUACUCUAACUAUAAAUGAAACAAAUGGUCAUCAUAAUAAAAAUGAAAAUCAAACGGAUGUUGAUGUUAUGAUAACGAAUAAUGAUAAUAAUACCUCAACAAUAGUCACGUUAACAUCGACGACCAUCAUGACAACAACAUCAGCAACCACAUGUGCUUCUGUAAGUUCUAUUUCAACUAAUCAUCAUGGUCAACAUCAACAGUUUAAAGAAAAAUCUUUUUUAACCAAACCAAAAUGUGCACUUCCUAGUAGAAUAAACAAAAAAACAUCUGCUAAUUCAACUGUAGUACAACAACAAGAACACACCAUGAUUGAUGAUGAGUCAACUAAUAAACGUGUAAAACAAUCCUCAUUGACAAACCGUUCUAAUACAUUAGCAAAAAAGAAAUAUAAUAACAAUAAAAACACAAAUAUACACAACAAAUCAAUAAUUACUAAUCAACCAUCUAAUAAGAAACCAAAACCUACCGCUUCAUCUUCAUAUGAAAAUAAAAUGUCAGAUAAUCAAGACGCAGAUUAUAGCGGUAGUUAUGAAGGUGUUUCAAAUUCGAAUUCUUCUCAUUCUCAGUCGUCUGGAGCGUCAAGUUUAGAACCAGAUUCAACAUUAUCUGAAAGUUUAUCCCCUACAAAACAUCAUUAUACUUUUAAACAUUCCAUAUCAGAUCAGAAAGAUACAACUAAUAAUAAUAGUAGUAACAGUAUACAUAAUCAAUCGUCUAAAGUGUUCAUCAUUCCUGAAAUGUGUUGUUCACCACGAUAUACAUCGCCUAGUGAAAUAAAGAAUUCUUCAAAUUCAUCUGUUGUAUUUAAAGAUUCCAAUUCUAUAUCAUCCACUUCUAUGCAUACUUGUUCAAAUAGUCCAGUUUGCACAGUCAAUUCAUGUAAUAUUGUUCUGUCAGAUGUACGAUUAUCAUCCCCUCUUCAAGCUACAUCAUCUUUCAAUUCCAUUAAUAAUAAUAGUAAUAUUAACAUCCCUAGUGUUCAUGUCAAUAGUUCAACUUCUUUUACACCUUGUCAUUCAGCGAAUCUUAAUUCAAUUACACUUUCACCACCUAUUAGUGGUCAUAAUUUUAACAAAAAAUCUCAUCUAAUUCCAAUAACUACCCAAUUUAUUGAAUCACAUCUACCAUCACCUUCAAAUUAUACAAUUGGAAAAAAUCAUACUAGUGGAUUAUUUAAUCAUAAUAAUCAAACAUUUACAUCAAAUAUUUAUAAUCCAAAUCGUUCAUUAAUGAAUAUUAGGCCUAAUUUAUUAACUGUUCCACAGAAACCAUCUCUUCAGGUACGUUUUGCACCUCCUAUUCGUGUAAACCCAUAUAAUAAUAAUAAUAAUAAUAAUAAUAAUACUAAUAGUAAUAAAAGAAUAUUGUUUAAUUCAUCAUUAGGAAGUCCAAUUUUCAAUCAUUCAAAUGUAAAUCAAAGUUCUACAAUUGAUAGUAUUGUAUCACCAAAUCUAUUACGUAAACAAUAUUAUUAUUAUGAAUAA